AUGGAAGGGGAAUACUAUGAUUCCCUGGUCGCACGAUUUGGCGAACAAGGAUCCCUCAUCGAAGGAUUCGGGAGGGAAGCCGAAGGUCCGGACGCAUAUCGGACACAGCUUCGUCAGCGGAUGUCCCAGGAUUUCCUGUUGAGGAACCUGGAAGAGCGGAGGCGAGCCGCCGACGAUGUAUGCAGUGACCCAGCCUCUAAAAAGGCCAUGUUGGGUCUGCAGGUGCUGACCGUGGGAGAAACAAGGGAACAGGACUGCGCCGUAUGCCUCGAGGAAUUCAUCGACGGCGGCAAGAAGCUCAGAAUGAUGCCCUGCUACCACUCCUUCCAUCAGCGAUGCAUCUUCGACUGGCUUCGCCUUAAUCGCAUCUGCCCUGUCUGCCGCUUCGCGCUGGCCCCACAGUCAGACGACGACAACAAUAACAAGGAGCUGGGACUGCCUGAGAAAGUCGAAUAG